GUCUGUGUGUUGGUGUUCAGUGGCAGCGUUUCUCUUCUCCGCAGAGGCAGCUACAUUCUCAUCUCCAGGAUGUCGGGCCUUCUGAUCAGCUCUAUUCUGCUCUUCUUCUCCCUGACUCUGUUCAGGAACCCAACACUAGAAGCAAAGUCUAUUCGUUUUCGAAGGGACCUCCGUGACGCUGCGCCCUACGAGGCUCAGAUGAUGUCAUAUCCUGCGGCUGAGUACAAGGGGAGGAGCAGUGAUCUUUACUACCAACCAGAGGCCUCGAGGGCUCAAGGUCUAGGACAAGCCCUCCAGCGAAUGAUGGAGAGCGACCAGAGGCGGGAACAAGAAGCAGCUUAUCUGGCAUCGUUGAUGCGCCUCCUGAAUGAAGCGCAGAGUAACGGACAAGGCAAACCGGAAGAGGAGGACGAGGAGGGGGAUUUCCAGGGUCCGUACACUCCAGAUUAUGAUGAGACCGAGCAGGCGGUGAGCAUGGCUAAGCCCCAGGCAUCAUGGCAGGGCGCUCUGGAUCCCCAACUCACUCAGGCUCUUCUCAACCGCUACAAACAGGAGAAACUGAUGCAGGCCGAACGUGCCAAUAGGAUUCCUGAAAGAGAUCAGGACAGAGAUCAAGAGAUGCUCAGGUAUCUUGUUGAGAAAAUCCUCUCCAGUUUGGCAUCGGAAGGCAACCAGCCCGGACCCUUGAACCAGCGUGCCAAACGAGACCUGGCCGCCGUGGCCAACAUGGAUAGAGCCGGAGGCUCCGCCCUAAAACGAUCCCGGCGGUCCCUGGACUCCGCCCCUGUCCCCUCCCCACAGGCCGAGGCCUCGCUGUUAAGGGUGAAGAGGCUCGAUGAUGACAUCGAUGAUGAAGGGGACGUAGUGCAGAGCAACAGAACGCCACACGUCGGCCUGCAGAGAAUGAAGCGUAUAGACACUGACCUGCCACCGCCCAAAAAACACAGCCGCAAGCGCAGGGCUCUGACCUACGACCCCAACCUCAUCGCACAGCACAUCCUGCAGUACCUACCAGCCUAAGAGCUGCAAGUGAAAUUAAGAAGUAAAUUGUGGGGAAUUGUGGGAUAAAGGGAAUAUAGACAGAGAGAAAGAAAGAGAAUUUUACUUGCUUACAGAUACGCCAGCACUCCUGCUUGCCAAGGUACAGAAGUUACUCCGUUUCGAUGUUAUACUAUAAUAAAUGUGACACAUAACAGCUUAUCUAAUACGCUUUUUGUUUUUCUCCUUCCGUGCAACGGUUCGUGCAGGCAUAAUAGUAUUACAUGAAAAUUAAUAAUUGAUUAUUUAUAUUAUUGGCCACUGGCUCGUACAAAUAUCUCAUACAAAGAUAUCAUACAAAGUCACAACAGCACAGCAGGUUAAGAUUCUUGACUCCAAAUGUUGUACUGUAUGAGACCAAGCUUUUUAGAUUUUAAAUAAGGCCAUGCAAGAAUAUACAAGAGAUACUCAUGUUGUAUAGAGCCUAUAUUGGGGAAUGCAUUUCUCUUUUUAACACAAGCAAAGCCAAAAUCAUUCCCACCAUGUGUCUUUAAACAUUAUUUAUCAUGAACUUUACUAUAGCUGUCAUUUUACAGAUCAGUAGGUCCGGCAUACAGUAAGUGACUCUAUACUUUCAUCUUUUAUAGUUGUAGACUGAGAUUUUUUAUUAGUGUAUUAGUUUAGA